AUGCACUCUGUGUUCUGGGUUCAUCUUUGAGCUAAGCUUUCUAGCUCUGGCCUUGUCUUUAAUCAGCUCAGUGUGCUGCAAUCAUGAAGUUCUCCUACUUUCUGCUGCUGCUCCUCUCUCUAUCCAACUUCCAGAACAACCCAGUUGCUAUGCUUGACACAAUAGCAUGUAUUGAGAAUAAAGACACCUGUCGCCUCAAGAACUGCCCACGCCUUCAUAAUGUAGUUGGCACCUGUUAUGAAGGAAAAGGCAAGUGUUGCCACAAAAACUGAUGAUACGUCAGAACUUGCAAGAAGAAAGUGAAACCAUUGCUGUAAUAAAGGAAAACAUACUGAA